AUGCUGGCGUACAUCUGGCAGUACUUGUACUCAACCUAUUUGAGGUACUGGGUCAAGUGGCUCAUCAGGCAGGUGACCAGGACGUGUGAGCUGCAGAGAAUAUGCUCCGGAUACGGGCCGGGCGCAACCAGAACAAUAAAUACUGAAUAUUCCCUCAAGUAUUCAAAAAGCAAGCUUCUACGAGGUGCUCUGGUCAGCAGGAAGGAGCACUUAGGGAACCAUGUGGAGCAAAUAAUGAAGGAGAAGAACAUCAAAGUGCAGACAAAUCCGCUAUUUAAAGAAAGCCUGCACGCCUCGCUGCUGCAGAUCACGGGGUACAAUAACCUCUACGAAUCUGUGGAAGACGUCAGGAAAGAGGCGUUCUGCCCGGAGAACCCUCAACACGAGGCCAUGCUGUUAAAGCUUUGGGAGCUGCUCAUGCCCAGCGUCAAACUGGAGUCCAGGGUGACUAAGCAGUGGGGGGACAUCGGCUUCCAAGGGGACGACCCCAAGACGGACUUUCGAGGAAUGGGCAUGCUGGGCCUCAUGAAUCUUCUCUUCUUCAGUGAACACUACACACAAGAAGCUCGCCUGGUCUUAUCCCAUGCCAACCAUCCAAAACUAGGGUACUCAUACGCCAUCGUAGGGAUCAACCUGACCGAAAUGGCGUUCAGUCUGCUAAAGAGCGGCGCUCUCAAAGCUCAUUUCUAUAACGCAGUGUCCGGCACCCCCGAGCUACGACACUUUCAUCAGCUGUACUGCUACCUGGCAUUUGAAUUUGACAAAUUCUGGCUGGCAGAGGAACCUGAAAGCAUCAUGCUGUUUAACCAGUACAGGGAAAAGUUCCACCACGUGGUACGGAACCUCCUAACCGACCCCCAUGUGUGUCUCACGUUGAGCGCUACAUCUAAAAACUAA